AAAACAAAAAAACCGGCAGCGAAGCAAGGAAGGUGGAGGAGGAAAAAACUGGGCCGAAAAUCUCAUUUCCCAAAAACCUCUCCGAAGAAUCGGAGAUAAAAAAGGAGAGACUGAAAGAAAAGAAAAGAGCUCAAUUAGUUCAUAGAUCUCGUCGAGGAUAACCGGCGAAAGUUAAGUCGGUGCAGCUCAUUGUCUGCAUUUGCAUUUGCUGUUUGAAGUGAAUUGUUUUUUGCGGCUUUGAUCUGAGCACGGAGCUGAUUGAUACGCCGCCAGGAGAAUCUGAUCUGCUUUCGGUUUUAGGAGAAAUGGCUGCAUUAGUCAGCUUAGGUGUUGGGUCUCUUGUUUGGGUGGAGGAUCCUGAUGUAGCCUGGAUCGAUGGGGAAGUUUUGGAGGUCAAGGGUGAAGAUGUCAAGGUUCUUUGUACAUCUGGGAAAACGGUUGUUGUUAAGUCCUCCAAAAUCUAUCAUAAAGAUGCUGAAGCUCCAUCAUGUGGUGUCGAUGAUAUGACAAAGCUGGCUUAUCUGCAUGAACCUGGUCUUCUUCAAAAUUUAAAAACCAGAUAUGAUAUUAAUGAAAUAUAUACGUAUACAGGGAAUAUAUUGAUUGCUGUCAAUCCUUUUAGAAGAUUACCUCAUCUUUAUGACACUCAUAUGAUGGCACAAUAUAAAGGCGCUGCAUUUGGUGAGCUGAGUCCUCAUCCCUUUGCCGUUGCAGAUGAUGCGUAUAGACUUAUGAUGAAUGAAGGAGUAAGUCAGUCAAUAUUGGUCAGUGGUGAGAGUGGUGCUGGUAAAACAGAAAGCACAAAACAAUUAAUGCGUUAUCUUGCUUAUAUGGGAGGGAGAGCUGCAACUGAUGGGAGGACAGUUGAACAGAAAGUCCUGGAGUCUAAUCCUGUUCUGGAAGCAUUUGGUAAUGCGAAGACUGUCAGAAAUAAUAACUCAAGUCGAUUUGGUAAGUUUGUGGAGAUUCAGUUUGAUCAGAAAGGAAGGAUUUCAGGAGCUGCUAUCAGAACGUAUUUACUGGAAAGAUCUCGGGUUUGCCAAGUAUCUGAUCCGGAGAGAAACUAUCACUGUUUCUAUUUGCUCUGUGCUGCACCUGCAGAGGACCUUCAAAGGUACAAACUGGGUCAUCCAAGGACAUUCCAUUACCUGAAUCAAUCAAAUUGCUAUCAGUUAGACGGGGUUGAUGAUUCCAAAGAAUACUUAGAGACUAGAAGGGCAAUGGAUAUUGUUGGAAUAAGUUCUGAAGAGCAGGAUGCAAUAUUUCGAGUUGUGGCUGCAAUCCUCCAUCUUGGGAACAUUGAAUUUGCAAAGGGAACGGAGAUUGACUCAUCUGUUCCUAAAGAUGAAAAGUCUAUGCUUCAUCUAAGAACUGCAGCUGAGCUGUUCAUGUGUGAUGUGAAGGCAUUAGAAGAUUCCCUAUGUAAACGUGUUAUUGUAACUCGUGAUGAGACUAUCACCAAGUGCCUGGACCCUGAAGGGGCCACUGUCAGUAGAGAUGCUUUGGCAAAAAUUGUAUAUUCAAGAUUGUUUGAUUGGCUUGUAGAUAAGAUUAAUAAUUCGAUUGGUCAAGACCCAACUUCAAAAUCCUUGAUUGGGGUGCUGGAUAUCUAUGGAUUUGAGAGUUUCAAGACUAACAGCUUUGAACAGUUUUGUAUAAACUUGACAAAUGAGAAGCUUCAGCAGCAUUUCAAUCAGCACGUUUUCAAAAUGGAACAAGAAGAAUAUACAAAAGAAGAAAUUAACUGGAGCUAUAUUGAGUUCAUUGACAAUCAAGAUGUUCUAGAUUUAAUUGAGAAGAAACCAGGUGGUAUUAUAGCACUUCUUGAUGAAGCUUGCAUGUUUCCCAGAUCAACUCAUGAAACAUUUGCUCAAAAGCUUUACCAAACUUUCAAAAACCAUAAGCGUUUCAGCAAGCCCAAAUUAUCUCGUUCUGACUUCACUGUUUGCCACUAUGCUGGUGAUGUCACUUAUCAAACGGAACAAUUCCUAGAUAAAAAUAAAGAUUAUGUCAUUGCUGAACAUCAAGCACUUCUGAGUGCUUCCAAGUGCCACUUUGUUUCAGGUUUGUUUCCACAAUCAACUGAGGAGUCCUCAAAACAAUCGAAGUUCUCCUCUAUCGGCACCAGGUUUAAACAACAAUUGCAAUCUUUGCUUGAAACUCUGAAUGCGACUGAGCCUCACUAUAUCCGCUGUGUAAAGCCUAAUAAUUUGCUUAAGCCGUCUAUUUUUGAGAAUCAUAAUGUUCUACAGCAACUCCGCUGUGGGGGAGUGAUGGAAGCAAUUAGAAUUAGUUGUGCUGGAUAUCCCACUCGCAAACCUUUCUAUGAAUUUUUAGAUCGCUUUGGCAUGCUUGCGCCUGAAGCUUUGGAUCGAAGCGCGGAUGAAGUCACUGCAUGCAAGAUGCUUCUGAACAAAGUGCAACUCGAAGGCUAUCAGAUUGGCAAAACGAAGGUCUUUCUGAGAGCUGGUCAGAUGGCGGAGCUGGAUGCUCGCAGAAACGAGGUGUUAGGAAGAUCUGCAAGCAUAAUCCAGAGAAAAGUUCGUUCUUACAUGGCUCGUAGGAGUUUUACAUUGUUGCGUCAAUCAGCAAUACAAUUGCAAUCUGUGUGCAGAGGAGAGCUUGCUCGACAAGUAUAUGAGAGCUUGAGGAGAGAAACGUCCUGUCUUAGGAUCCAGAGAAAUCUGCGUAUGCAUCUUGCUAGGAAGGCUUACAAAGACGUUUACUCAGCUUCUGUUUCAAUUCAGACAGGCAUGCGCGGGAUGGCUGCACGUACUGAGCUUCUUUUCAGAAGGCAGACAAAGGCAGCAAUUAUCAUUCAGAGCCAUUGUCGCAAAUUCCUAGCCCACUUGGAUUACAAGAAGCUGAAGAAAGCUGCAAUUACCACGCAAUGUGCUUGGAGGGGAAAAGUUGCUCGCAAAGAACUACGAGCGCUUAAGAUGGCUGCACGGGAGACGGGUGCUCUCCAAGCUGCAAAGAAUAAAUUAGAGAAGCAAGUUGAGGAAUUGACUUGGAGACUACAGCUGGAGAAACGUAUGCGGGCUGACAUGGAAGAAGCAAAAACACAAGAAAAUGCAAAACUACAAUCUGCUUUGCAAGAUCUGCAAGUUCAGUUCAAGGAAACUAAUGAAUUGCUUGUGCAAGAGCGUGAAUCUGCAAAGAAGGCAGCAGAGAAACUCCCAAUCAUACAGGAAGUUCCCGUGAUUGAUCAUGACUUGAUGAAUAAGCUUACUGCUGAGAAUGAAAGGCUCAAGACUAUGGUUAGCUCUCUAGAAAAGAAGAUUGAUGAAACAGAGAAAAAGUUUGAAGAAACAAACAAACUAAGUGAGGAAAGGUUGAGGCAAGUGAUGGAGGCAGAGUCGAAGAUUGUUAAUUUGAAGAGUGCCAUGCAAAGGCUGGAAGAAAAAGUUUUUGACAUGGAAUCAGAAAACAAAAUUCUUCGAAAGCAGGCCCUGUUGACACCUGCAAAGCAGAUCUCAGAGCCUUCGACUUUGUCCAAGAUACUGGAAAAUGGGCACCAUCUGAAUGAAGAAAGCAGAACAGACGAACUGCCAAGUGUCUCACCUGCUAAAAUCUUUGAAACGCCUGAUAACAAGUCGAGGAAACCUCCAACUGAUCGACAACAUGAGGAUGUGGAUGCACUCAUGAACUGUGUAAUGAAGGAUAUUGGUUUUAGUCAGGGAAAACCCGUUGCGGCUUUUACCAUUUACAAAUGCCUUCUCCAUUGGAAAUCUUUCGAAGCUGAAAGGACAAGUGUGUUUGACCGUCUCAUUAAUAUGAUUGGUUCAGCCAUUGAGAACCAAGAGGACAACGAGCUCAUGGCAUAUUGGCUGUCAAACACUUCCACAUUGCUCUUUUUAAUCCAGAAAAGUUUGAAACCUGCCGGUGCAACUCCUUCCCGUAAACAGCAAGCUCCAACUUCCCUCUUUGGGAGGAUGACAAUGGGAUUUCGCUCAUCACCAUCUUCUGUCAGCAUCGAAGCAGCAGCUGCUGCACUCGUAGUUCGCCAAGUUGAAGCCAAGUACCCAGCUCUACUUUUCAAGCAGCAACUUACAGCAUAUGUUGAGAAAAUCUACGGAAUUAUUCGAGACAACUUGAAAAAGGAGCUGGGAUCACUGCUAUCUUUGUGUAUACAGGCACCCAGGACCUCGAAAGGAAGUGUGCUAAGAUCUGGACGGUCGUUUGGCAAAGAUACUCAGACAAAUCACUGGCUUGUUAUCAUUGAUCGUCUCAACUCUCUUCUCUGCACAUUGAAAGAAAACUUUGUGCCUCCCAUUCUUGUUCAGAAGAUAUACACGCAAACAUUCUCGUACAUCAAUGUGCAACUCUUUAACAGUCUUCUUCUACGUCGUGAGUGCUGUACAUUCAGCAAUGGGGAAUACGUUAAAGCUGGAUUGGCCGAGCUAGAGCUAUGGUGUGUCCAGGCUAAAGAAGAGUAUGCAGGUUCUGCCUGGGAUGAACUAAAACAUAUAAGACAAUCUGUCGGCUUCUUGGUUAUACAUCAGAAGUACAGAAUAUCUUAUGAUGAAAUCACCAAUGAUUUGUGUCCUAUUCUUAGUGUCCAACAACUAUACAGAAUAUGCACGUUAUAUUGGGAUGACAACUACAAUACUCGAAGUGUAUCUAACGAUGUCAUUUCGAGCAUGAGGGUGUUAAUGACAGAGGAUCUAAAUGAUGCUGAGAGCAGCUCUUUUCUCUUGGAUGACAAUUCCAGCAUCCCGUUCUCCAUUGAUGAGCUCUUCGAUACACUUCAAGUGAAAGACUUUGCAGAGGUCAAGCCUGCAGAAGAACUUCUCGAGAAUCCAGGCUUCCAAUUUUUACAGGAUUAAGUCUGAGGACACCUCGAGGUCUCUUAAAAUUUUUUCCCCUACACAAUAUUGCAUUGUAUAUCCAUUUUUUUGAUUCGUUUUAUUUUCUGAUUCUUUCAUAUAGAUUGGUGUAUAAAUUUUGCAUUUGUAAUUUGUAAAAUUAUAUCAUAAGGGGCUUGGGCAUAUUCAUUCAAUCAGGACAUUCUUUCUGGGGAGAUAUAUAGGCUGUUUGCUGUAGAUAUUGGGUGGCCAAAAUGUAUGCUCAUCAAGAAUAUUCACAUUCUGGUACAGACAUAUUCAUAGUGAUUUAUAUACAUAUAAAUACAGGAAUCAUAUUGUAGUGUUUGGUUUCAUUUGU